UGAAUUUGGCGCUCAAUCCUUUCUUAGAGUCUCUCCUAUCCCUUCUUCUUCUUCUCUCUCCUCUCUCUCUCUAAAAAGUGUCAUUUGUUUCUCUUCAUAAGAACCUAUAUCCUACAGAAAAUCUAAAGAGAAGUCAUAGAAACAAGAGAAGUGUCACACGCACUAUAACUAUAUCUAUAAAUAUAGAGAGAGAAUGAGAGAGAACUUCUGAGAUAUUUAGAGAGAGAAAGAGAGAGACAGACAAACGGCUUGAAACUACUAUAUAGUGUUUUUGUUCUUAUUUCACAUACUUCUUUCUUUUCUCUAUGUUUUCUCUAAUCAUUUCAUAAGAGAUCUUCAUUCUCAACAACUUCUUGAGUCUUAAAGAUUAAAUCUUUAAUCUAAAAAUUCAUUUUUUUCAUCUGGGUUAUUAAAAAAAAUUAGUUUUUUUUUCUUCUUUCAUUUUCUGUGGUAUUUUUCAAUGGCACCAAGUUUUGAUUUUGCUAGUCUUCUGUGUACUGAAGACACCAGUUUUUUCGAUGAAAAUGAUUUCGGGGGUUCAAUGGAGGUUUUGGAAGAGCCAUGGCAAGUUGAGUAUGAUCCUCCAAUCCUUGAUGAACCUCAGCAAUUGGAUGAACCAAUUGGGGCGGUUCCACCUUUGCUGAGUGAGGAGAGUGUGAAGGUUUUGGUUGAAAAGGAAUGCUGUCAUGUGCCUGCUAGUGAUUAUGUCAGUAGGUUGAAAAUUGGGGAUUUGGAUUUGGAGGGGAGAAUGGAGGCUAUUGAUUGGAUUCAUAAGGUUGGAAUGCAUUUUGGUUUCGGGCCGUUGUGUGUGUAUCUAGCUGUGAACUUCAUGGAUCGCUUCCUGUCUGCGGUUGAUAUGCUAAAGGAUAGAAUGUGGUCGAUUCAACUCUUGGCUGUGGCUUCCUUGUAUCUUGCAGCCAAAAUUGAUGAGACUGCUGUUCCUCGGUCUCUUGAUAUGCAGAUGAAUGAAGAGAAGUAUUUAUUUGAUAACAAAACAAUACUUAAGAUGGAGCUUAUGAUACUAAGCACAUUGAAUUGGAGAAUGCAUUCAAUCACACCUUUCUCCUUCAUUGACUACUUUCUCAACAAGCUCACCGAUGAUCAGGUUCCAACCGAAGAUUCUUUUCCGAAAUCUUUCCAACUCAUCAUGAGUACUAUAAGAGGACUUGACUUCAUUCACUUCAAGCCAUCCGAAAUCGCAGCAGCUGUUGCGGUAACAAUAUCUGCCGAGGGCGAAAACCGAACCGUUGAAACUGAUAAAGCAGUUUCUCUUCUGACUCAAUACGUAGAUAAGGAGAGAGUUAUGAAGUGCAUUGAAAUGUUUCAACAGCUGGAAUCAUCAUCAGACACUGCUUCUGCAGAGGAUUCUCUAUGCCUCAGCAACAUAAAUGCUGCUAAUGCUACCACUUCAUCAUCACUUGCAAAUUCUUCAAAUAAUUCCAAUAGCCCUGAAGCCAAACGCAUCAAACCAAACAAAACCAAUGAAGCAUAGCAUUUUUUUCAAUGAACUAUGCAUGCCCCUCUCACAAAACACCAAUAAACAAAGCAACAAAACAGAUAGAGAAAAAUCAAACAAUAAAAAAUGAAAAUAAAGUAUAGAAUAUGGAGGAUUUUAUAGAACAAAGAUUAGAGCAUUUUUUGUUGUUUGUAACAAAGGUUUUUGUUCUACUUUUAUGAAGUGAAGGAGUAAAAUAGAAUCCAUAUAGACAAUAAAAGUAAUAAGAGGUAGGGGCAAAGGUACUAUAGGACUAGAUGUUCAUAAGUUUUGGAACAUUUGUUUUAUGAAUGUCAUUGUCUUUAUUCUAUUUCAAUUGGUUAUUUAAAUAUUUUUUCACAGAUUUUGAAAAAAGUUUGCAAAUAAAUAGUAUUAUUACUGAACUGUCACUAUUUGGAACUUGUUUUUCUCUACAGUAUGGUGUCAG